AGCCCGCUAGCCAUGUCGCUCCCGGCUCUCCGCACCCAGGCCAUCCGCGCCCAGGUCUCGCGCAAGGCCUUUGCCCGCUCGUACGCGACCCCGGCGUUCGAAAAGGCGCACAACGGCAUCGCCGUCGCGGCCGCCGACGAGGGCAAGCCCACGUCGAGCAUCUCGGUCAUUGCCCGCGCCGGGUCCCGCUUCGAGCCUGCGCCCGGCGUCGCCCACGUCCUCAAGAACUCGGUCUUCAAGGCGACCAACAAGCGCAGCCAGAUCCGGUUGGUGCGCGAGACCGAGGCCCUCGGCGGUGUCCUCUCGACGUCGCUCUCGCGGGAGCACCUCGUCCUCACGGCCGAGUUCCUCCGAGGUGACGAGGCCUACUUUGCCGAGGCGCUCGGCGACGCCAUCAGCGAGGCCAAGCUCCCGCUGCACGAGUACCACGAGGAGGUCGUCCCGGCGGUGCAGGCCGAGUACGAGCAGUUGAUCCACGACUCGGGCGUGUACGCGUUCGACCUCGCGCACCAGCUCGCGUUCCGCAACGGCCUCGGCAACUCGCUCUUCGCGUCGCCUCACACGGCCGUCGACCACUCGACCGCCGUCUCGUUCGCCAAGCAGUCGUUCGCGCCGUCCAACAUUGCCGUGUACGGCUCCAACAUCGACGCCGGCAAGCUGUCGUCGCUCGUCGGCGAGUUCUUCUCGACGUCGUCGUCGGCCGGCGGUGCGAGCCAGCAGCAGCAGGGCUCGAACUACUACGGCGGCGAGGUGCGCAUCCCGGCAACGGCGCACGCCGCCCUCGACCAGCUCCUCGUCGCGUUCAAGGGCGCGUCGCGGUCCGAGGUCGAGUACGCCGUCCUCGCGCUCCUCCUCGGCGGCGAGUCGUCGGUCAAGUGGGGCCAGGGCGCGACCCCGCUCGCCAAGCUCUCGACGUCGACGUCGUCGGCCAAGGCGUUCAACGCCGCCUACUCGGACGCGGGCCUGUUCGGCAUCUCGAUCCAGGCCAAGUCGGCCGACGUGGCCGACGUCGCGUCCAAGGCGGUCGCGGCGCUCAAGCAGGCGGCGCAGGGCGUGAGCGACGAGGCGCUCAAGCAGGCCGUCGCCAAGGCCAAGUUUGCCGCCGCUGCCGCGCUCGAGACCAAGGCGGGUCAGGUCGCGCUCGUCGGCGAGCACGUCGCGUCGAGCGGCAAGGCGCCCUCGCUCGAGGACGUCUUUGCCAAGCUCGACAAGGUCACGGCCGAGUCGCUCGCGAAGGCGGCGAAGAGCGCGCUCGAGAGCAAGCCGACGACGGUCGCGGUCGGCAACACCCACGUCCUCCCCUACUCGGACUCGAUUGGCCUCUAAGCGGCGGGCGGGAGCGAGGGAGGAUAGACGCGCGCGAGAGAGGGAGUUUGUCGUUUCGCCGAUGUAGCACGUGGGGCGGCGGUGCUUGAAAAACACGCCCCAGGAGAUUGCAGUACUCUUUCCACUUCACCUCACUC